UUGAAGAAAAGCUUUGCUCCACUAAACAGCUUGUAAUACCCCCAGAUGAAACACUUCAAAAUGAUCUCAGCAGCACUAAACCACUUCUAAUAACGUCGCUGCAGCGUUCACCCACGACUCGGCAUACACGGACUUGUUCACCAUUAUGAUAGUAAGAAGGGCAGAAUCCCAAGGAAAUCCAUGAGUGAAAAUGACUGCAGCAUCUAUGAAAGAGACGCUAGGGCUCGACCUUCUAAAGGGACAUGCCAGUGGAAUAUCGGAGCUCAGGUCCAGUGUGGUUCGAGUCUUUAUCAGUUCAACUUUCUCAGACAUGAGCAGCGAGAGAGAUGCUCUGCUGGAAAAAGCUUACCCAGAACUACAAGUCUACUGUCAGAGUCUCGGCUUAGUCUUCGAGGUUGUGGAUAUGAGAUGGGGGGUCCGCGAUACCGUAGUUGUGGAUCACAUGACCACCGAAUUGUGCCUCCAGGAGAUUCAAUCAUGUCGGAGGGUGUCUGUGGGCCCCACCUUCACUGCCCUCGUUGGUAAUCGGUAUGGCUACCGGCCCAUCCCCCGGGUCAUCCGGGACGAGGAGUUUGAGCUCCUUCUAUCCAAGCUCCACCCCGACGGCGACGCGGUGAAGCUCCUCAGCCAGUGGUUUUGGAAGGAUGAGAACUCGGUCCCGCCCGUUUACAUCCUCCAGCCAAUCACCACCCACCUCCGUCACUAUGACGAUAACAGCCCAGGGAGCCAGCUGCAGAGGGAGAGGGACAUCAGGGCCUGGCAGACCACAGAAGCCCAACUCUCCCGGCUGCUCCGAGUGGCUGCAGCUCAAGCGGAAACUGACGGAAACUUCACCCAGGAGCAGAAGCACAGGUUUUUCAAAUCAGUGACAGAGUGGGAAAUUGAGCAGGGUAUGUUGGAGGGACAGAACAAUGAGACCUAUGCAGUGCUCUUCUUGAGGGAGCUACCUAACCUCAGCAGGACCAACAGCCAGGAGAGCGUCUCCCAGUUCAUUGAUGUCACCAGGGAUGGACUUGUGGACUUGGAGGCCCAGGAGCUCCUGUCCAGCUUGAAGGCCCGGAUUUCAAGCUUUUGUUCUGGACAGCUCAAUGUACAUUCAGUGCAGCUCAGCAAGGGAGCCAUUGACCCACAACGCCAGGAACACGCCAAGUACCUGCAGAGCCUCUGUAAGCAGUUUGUCUCCCAGAUGAAGCAGCAGAUCAGCAGAAGGGCUGCACAAACUACGGGAGAGAAGGAGUGGGGUUGGCUUCUUCGUGAGAUCACUCAUCACAUAGUUCUGAGCUUGGCCAAGUGUGCCGUAUUCUGUGGGCGAGGUAACCUCCUAAACAGCAUCUGCAAAGCCAUCCAGGACUCAAACAACAGCCAUCAUGGGCCUCUGAUUGUUUAUGGACCUUCUGGCAUUGGGAAAACGGCCAUAAUGUGCAAGCUGGCACAGGAGGUGUAUUGUGUGUUGGGCUCUGGGGCGGCUGUGGUGCUGAGGCUUCUGGGUACAUCACCUCUGAGCUCCGAGAUUGACUCUGUUUUGAAGACCAUCUGCUUUCAGAUCUGUGGUGCUUUUGGGCUGCCCUUUCCCACUACGCAAACCGCCAACACUUAUGAAGAUCUGGUGAGGUUCUUCCACCGGACUCUUGAUGCCGUGUCACAACAGAACGAGCCACUUGUCCUCAUUCUAGACUCCCUGGACCAGCUGUCACCCUCUAACAAUGCCCACAAACUGCACUGGCUACCUAAGGAGAUCCCCCCAAAUGUUCACCUCAUCGUCUCCACUUUGGAGAAGGGAUAUUCCAUUUUGGAGGUCCUCCGAGGGGUGAUCUUGGAGCCACAGAGUUUUUUCAAGGUUGAGCAGCUGUCUCAGGACCAAGGGGGAGAAGUCAUUGAUUCCUACAUGAGCGCGGUGAAGCGCUGUUUGACUCCAGCGCAGAGGGAGCUCGUGCUCCAGAGCUUCAGUCACUGCGGUCAUCCUUUGCUGAUGAAGCUGACCCUAGAUGCUGCCAAACAGUGGACAUCCUACACACCCCUGUCUGAGCUCCGGGUUGCAAGCACAACUCAGGAGGCAGUGUCACUGCUCUUCGAGCGCCUGGAGAAGCAGCAUGGAGAACAGCUCGUGAGCCACGCUUUGGGAUACAUUGUCUUGUCAAAGCGCGGGCUGACGGAGGCCGAGUUGCAGGACGUCCUGUCCCUGGAUGAUGCCGUUCUUGCUGACAUCUACCAGUACUGGCCCCCGCCGAACCAUGAGAUCAUCCGCCUGCCCCCCCUGCUGUGGACGAGGCUCCGGCACGACCUGGCUGAGUAUCUGGUGGAACGGCAGUCUGACGGGACCAGAGUCCUGGGGCUCUAUCACAGACAGUUUAUUGAAAUGGUCCAGAAGAGAUACCUUUCAGCGGAGCGCAGGAGCCAAAGUCACAGCAUCCUGUCUGAAUUCUUCCUGGGCACGUGGAGCCAGGGGAACAGAAAGCCUGUGCUCCUGCCCUCACUGAAAACCAGCCUGAGUGCUGACAGAAAGGUGGCACCCCAGCCCCUGUGGUUCACCAAGCACGUGGCCAAUCGGAGGAAGCUGCAGGAGCUGCCCUAUCACCUCCUUCAUGCAGGGCGCUGGGAGGAGCUCCGACAGGAAGUGAUUGGUAAUACAGACUGGCUGUGCUGUAAGACCCUUACCUGGGGAAUAGCAGAGGUCAUUGAAGACCUGUCCAUGUGCACUGAACACAGCGACAGCCCUGAGCUCCAGCUCAUACGAGACACGUGUCUGCUGCUGAAACCUACACUGGAUUUCAUCGAAGGACAAAUGGACCCUUCCCUCUUCUACACCGAAGUCUUCACCAGGCUUUGCUGCUUUGCUGACUCAUACCCUUCGCUGAUCGGGCGCCUGUGCGUUCAGUGCCAGGACUGGUUCUCUGCCUGUAAGAACCCAAUACUUAUCCCUCAGUGUGGCUUCUUCCAGGCUCCAGGAGGUCCUCUGAAGACUACUCUCACAGGAUUUCAGAAAGGAGUUACGGUGAUGGACCUGUGUGCUGAGAAGGGUCUCUUGAUUGUGGGCUCUGAGGAGGGAAGAAUGAUCGUGUGGAACCUGCUGGACACAGAAGUUGUCCACACACUGUUUGGCCACACAGCGGAGGUGCAGAGUGUGAAGGUGCUGGACAAGGGAGCUCGCUGUCUGUCGGCGUCCAGAGACAGCACCCUGCGGCUGUGGGACCUGCUGAGUGGGAAGCAGAUUUACUGCAUUAACGAGGGACCGUUCGGUGCCCCAGUCUGCACCCAGCGUCACGUGACAGAGCAGAGGGGAGUCAUCUAUUCAACGUGUGGAUCGCAGAUGAGCGCUUGGGACCUCGAAACGGCAGAGCUCCUGUUCCACAUCGAGGGGGGUGACGCUGCAGUAUUUGCUGUUCUCCAGGGGAAGGGGGCAGCUGUAGUCUCCCUCUCUGAUGAGGGGGUCCUUACGUUUUGGGACAGCACUACCGGUCUGAAACAACGUGCCUGUUCGCUGAUGGAUGACCUGAAACUGACCUGGACCUGCGUCCUGCCGCUAAGAACAUGUGGAAGAGUGGUCGCUGGCUCCAGGGAAGGAUCAGUUUUUCUGGUGUCAGAUGACGAGAGGUGUUCUGUUGCAAAUGUUUCUUCUUCUGUCUCAUUUCUUGCUGUGUCUGAUGAUGAAACAGUUCUGUGUGCAGGCUAUGCAAAGCACAUUGCAAUGUUCCGGGUCACCGCUGACUCAAUGGAGAGGUUCUUGGCGCAUAGCUUUGAACAUGAAGAUAAUGUGCUGACGGCGGCCAUAGCAGAGAACCGCAGUGUGGUGGUCACUGGGUCACUGGACGAAACUAUACGGGUGUGGUGCCUAUCCCAGGGGCUGCUCCUGGACUCUUUCACGGGCAUGGGGGCCGCCGUCACGGGCCUGGCGCUGCUUCAGGUCACUGUCGUCUCCGCCUCCAGGAGCGCCUACUACCUGAAGCUCUGGCAGCUGGAUUACAGCCGCAGCCACAAGACCAAACCUCCCUUCCCGGGCCGCAGUUUACUGCCGACCCUUUCACACAGCGGGGAUUUUGUGUACUUCCUCAGACCAGGAGACAGGCGGGAAGUUGUGGUGUGGGACUGCCAGUCGGGCCGGUGCUCGGAAGAAAGGGCUGUGUCCGCCGAGGUGUCCUGCCUGGAAGUAGCCCAGUCAAGGCAGCUUUUGUUCUGCGGGCUGCAAACCGGCACCGUCCUCAUCUACCCGCUGGGCUUCGGGCCGGAGGCCAUGUGCAUCCCUCCUCCGGAGUCUCUGUCCCCGGUGCUGGGCCUGGCAGUCAGCAAGCAGGAGGACCGGCUGGCCGUGGCGUACGAAGACGCCAUCUGCGUGUUUGAAAUCAGCCCGGGCGACGCCUAUCCCACAGUGGAGCGGGCGCUAGGGAAGCUGCCCCUGCCGGGCCCCGGGCGGCCCUGGGCGCUCUCCUGCGCGGCCGUGCUCUCGGACUGCAGAGUCCUGUACGGCGCUGACAGCGGCCAGGUCUGGCUGCGCGACCUCGGGGGCUCUGAGGCAGUGGCCCUGGAGGGACACCGGACGAAGGUCACAUGCAUCGCUGUCAGUAACAGCGAAGAGUUCAGCCUGGUGGGCUCCCAGGACUCCGUCCAGCGCCUCUGGCGUCUGUCGCCCUUGCUCCUGGACCACGAGAUGAAUUACAAGGGUUUCUUUUUCGAAGGGAUUCUCUGUGCGGUUUUCUCCGAAGACGAUCGCUAUGUGUUCACUGGCUCGCAAGACCGAACAAUCAAAGUGUGGGAAACCAGCAGUGGACGGCUGUUAGCGGUUCAGUACGUUUACGCCUCAGUUCCUGAGAUCGUGGCCUGGGCGGACGGCUUCGUGGCGCUUUCUCAGCUGGGAUUCGUGAUCAAGGAGAGAUUCCGCUGCCCCGAGUCCAUAGACCCACAGUACGACCCGCUCCGAAACGUCCGGGCGCAGUGCGAGGUCACGUCCAGGAAGACAGCGGCCUCUCUGCCGCUGAGCUCAGGAACAGCAGCUGGACUCCAGGCCCAGCAUCGCCGACGGGAACAGAAGUCUCGGAGCUCACAAAUGUGUGCUUUAUUCUGACGUUGAUUUUUUUAUUCGUGUGCUAUAUGGUCUCAGCUGUCCGGAGUAAGAAAAAAUAAGUGUCUUAAGUAAUGGACCUUUUCAAAUCCAAAUAGGUAUUCGUGUAUUCACGGGGUCCUUGAUUGCACAGUGUGAAGUUUAUUUAAAUUUAUGGGAUUAAGAAUAAAUAUUCCAAAGAAAUUAGUUUUUUUACCAUUGAGUCCUCAGUGGCAAGUCCAAAAUGCAUUAGAACUUGCCUUCAUUUUUAAAGAUACUAUAGGGUUAAUGUUUUUACUUUAAAGUGUAAAGUUCUUUAUGAAUUGCAUGCAAUCUUAUUUUCCCCUCUGCACAGUUCUCAUGCCCUAGAGGAUAAAAAACACAUCCGAGUCUGAAUACCUAAGAUUAUUAAGCAUUAAUUUUAACAUUAAAAGACUCAAAUGCAGAUUUUUAACCAUUUACAAUAAAAUAUUGUAGUUAAA